UGUGGCAUGAGUAGAACAGCUGAUUAAGCUUCUUCCAUUCGACUCUAAUUUAGGAUAUGUGUAAAACGGAAUAACGGAAGGCUUUGUUUACGUUCAUUUUCUGUUUAGAAUGUGAAUAAGUGUUUAUAAAUGAAUUUUGUGCGUUUUUGUGUAAAUUUAAAUGGAAAAAAAAUGAAAACAAUAUGGGGAAGUGUGCGGUAUGCUAAACAAUUUUACGCGGGAAAUUAAGUUCCAAUUGUUGGGUCUAUUGCGGUUUUUAUUGCACCAUACAAAAAGUGAAGACGCUAAGGAGUCAACAUGUCAGGAAAUGGAUGCAGAGAAAAAACAAUUUCUGGAAUCUGCUUUAAACUGUAUGACUACGGAUGUAAUGAAGGAGUUUCAAAAUGCAAUUUUAAUUUUAGAUGAUCAUACAUCGGAAGAUACUGAUAAAAUUAAUGCUUUAACUACAAUCAGAGAGAGCAUUGACGACAUGGAUUUUGCAAAUAGUUUCGUGAAAGCUGGAGGCUCCGUGUACUUAAUUAAAUGUUUAACCAACACAGAUUAUAAAAUAAAAGGAUUGUCUGCAUAUAUUAUUGCGGAAAUGUCACAAAAUAAUGAAUUUUGCCAAAAGCACUUUGUUGAUUCGAAAACGAUCCCAAUCUUAAUAAAAUUCUUGAAUGGACCUGCAGAGAUCGCAAACAGUGGUUCACAUGCGAUAUCAUCUUUAAUACAAAAUUUUGAACCAGGUCUAACGGAGUUCUUAAACUUAGAUGGAAUAAACACUCUGUUAUCCUGUUUAGAUAAAAAUGAUUCGAAAUUAUUUCUAAAAGUUUGUUCUUUAAUUGGAAAAUUAGGAGAGCAUGAAGACUUGCGAGAUGAACUCGUCGAAAAGCAAGCGAUUAUGAAAUUGGUGCAAUGUUUACCUAUGCGAUUUGUUAAAUAUGAUACUAAUCUGGAAACAGCUUUUUAUGCACUCUCUGAGCUUUCAAAGAGUAGUAAGUGGAUUGUUGACAAAGUUCAAGCAGAAAAAUUGGAAAACUUGGCUAGCGGCAUUGUCAAAAACAACACAAUUGAACCAGAAUACGAGGAAAUCUAUGGAUACGCGUGUUUAAUUCUUCAGAGACUGGAAACCGGACUCGUAACUCAGAAAUAACCAUAGAUAAAAAGGAUAAAUGUGAAUUAAACUACUUAAAAAAAGGUUAUGAAUAAAAUGCAACUAAUAUUUAUUAUACGGUU